CCAGAGAGGGAACAUGGGCUGAGGAGUUGUCCAGCACGCCACUCACACGCAGAGAGUGCCUAAUCUGCCAUCCUCGUGAUGGGUGACAGGGGCCCCCAAAGUCCAAGCAGGCCCAGCUAUGGCUCCAUCUCCAGCCCACCCAAUGCAGAGCCACAGCAACCGCCUCCCGGAGGGACCUACCUGAAUGAGAAAAUCCCCGUCCCGGACACAGAACCGGGCAUGUUCAGCUUUCGGAAGCUGUGGGCCUUCACGGGGCCAGGCUUUCUCAUGAGCAUCGCUUUCCUGGACCCGGGAAACAUCGAGUCGGAUCUGCAGGCUGGUGCUGUGGCUGGAUUCAAACUGCUCUGGGUGCUGUUGUGGGCCACGGUGUUGGGCUUGCUCUGCCAGCGACUUGCUGCCCGGCUGGGCGUGGUGACAGGCAAGGACUUGGGGGAGGUCUGCCAUCUCUACUACCCUAAGGUGCCCCGCACCCUCCUUUGGCUGACCAUCGAGCUAGCCAUUGUGGGCUCGGACAUGCAAGAGGUCAUCGGCACGGCUAUAGCAUUCAGUCUGCUCUCGGCUGGACGAAUCCCUCUCUGGGGCGGCGUCCUCAUCACCAUCGUGGACACUUUCUUCUUCCUCUUCCUCGAUAACUAUGGGCUGCGGAAGCUGGAAGCCUUUUUUGGAUUCCUUAUUACCAUUAUGGCCUUGACUUUUGGCUACGAGUACGUGGUGGCACGUCCUGCUCAGGGAGAGCUACUUCGAGGUUUGUUCCUGCCCUCGUGCCCCGGCUGUGGCCAGCCAGAGCUGCUGCAGGCUGUGGGCAUCGUUGGCGCCAUCAUCAUGCCCCACAACAUCUACCUACACUCGUCCCUGGUCAAGUCACGGGAGAUAGACCGGACCCGCCGGGCUGAUGUCCGAGAAGCCAACAUGUACUUCCUGAUCGAGGCCACCAUUGCCCUGUCUGUCUCCUUCUUCAUCAACCUGUUUGUUGUGGGUGUCUUUGGGCAAGCCUUCUACCUGCAAACCAACCAAGCUGCGUUCAACGUCUGCGCCAACAGCAGCCUCCACGACUACGCCAAGAUCUUCCCCAUGAACAACCACACAGUGGACGUGGACAUUUACCAAGGAGGCGUGAUCCUGGGCUGCCUCUUCGGCCCUGCAGCCCUGUACAUCUGGGCAGUGGGUCUCCUGGCUGCCGGGCAGAGCUCCACCAUGACCGGCACCUACGCGGGACAGUUUGUGAUGGAGGGCUUCCUGAAGCUGCGGUGGUCACGAUUUACCCGCGUCCUCCUCACUCGCUCCUGCGCCAUCCUUCCCACCGUGCUUGUGGCUGUCUUCAGGGACCUGAAAGACCUGUCAGGCCUCAAUGACCUGCUCAACGUGCUGCAGAGUCUGCUGCUUCCUUUUGCUGUGCUGCCCAUCCUCACGUUCACCAGCAUGCCUGCCCUCAUGCAGGAGUUUGCCAAUGGCUGGCUAAGCAAGGUCAUCACUUCCUCCAUCAUGGCACUGAUCUGCGCCACCAACCUCUACUUUGUGAUCAGCUACCUGCCCAGCCUCCCGCACCCCGCCUACUUCAGUCUUGUAGCCCUGCUGGCUGUGGCCUACCUGGGUCUCACCACCUAUCUGGUCUGGACCUGUUUUAUUACCCAUGGAGCCACCCUGCUGGCCCACAGCUCCCACCAACACUUCUUGUAUGGGCUUCCUGAGGAGGAGCAGAAGGGAGAGCCCUCUGGAUGAACUCCCACCCAGGGACUGGCCGCAGGAUGGAAUGAGAGCGGCAGACUGGCCUGCUGGACGUGAAGGUGGACAGAUGGGGUGGGAGUUUCAGAGGCAGGCCAACCUGAGUUCCAGAGGGAGCUGUUGUGUCCUAGCUUGGACAAGUGAUUAACUUCCAGGUCUCAGUGCCCUUAUCUGUAAACACACCAACAUUGCAGUGGAUGCAAAGCACUUUAACACAGUGCCUGGCACUGAGAAAUUAAAACAAAAAAAAAUCAUUCUAAAAGCAUAUAUUGAGCUCCUAUAGGAGUGACUUGACAGGGUGACCUAGUUGAGGGCAGGACAUAGGCACCAAACCGACACUUAAAAUAGAGUCUGAUGAAUGCUAAAUCGAUGUUAGUCUGCUUCUCCAAAAGAGCAGGGGAAUAGAAACUGGGAAAGCACAAAAUCCCCGAACCAUCAAGAAGAGCCACCUUCUCCGACGUCUCCUCUCGCUGUCACCACUUCUACUCUUGCUGGGGCAGCCUCUGCCUUUUUGUUUCGCCAGCAACCCGUCUUCCAGGCAGUUAAACUGAGGCGCAGUUCUCCCUUCCUUAGUUGCCAGGUCAUAAAGAACUCAAGAGUCCGUGCCUCCGGGGCCCAAUUCAUUUGCCAUCUCCCCAG